AUCUCAUUCUUUUUUUUUUUAAUUAAAUGCAAGCGAAAAGUUCUACUCUUCGCCGUGGUAUUGGCAACUCGAGAAGAACUGUUCGAACCUUAAACCCGGCCUUUGUUUAUGAUUAUACGCUUCGAUGUGCUAUCCGUGCCUGUAUAGAAGAAAACAAUAAACAGAAGGGGGGUUUAAGGGAGACCAAAGAAAAAAGCAGCAACCGACAUUCAGUUCAUUUGGGAGGUGUCAGUGAUGUAUUUGGAAACUUGGCAGAUAAAUUUGUUGGGGAUGAAAACAGUGGAAGUAAAGACAAGUUGACAAAAUCAGUCGUAGUUCCUUUAAUGCAUCGAUUGGAGAACAUUAAAGAUGGUAAAGACGUUUCAAAGCAAGAAUAUUCAGAUCGUCGUUUUAUUUCUGUUGUGAGACAAGUCAGAGAUGAAGUCAAACAGCACCGUUACCAUCCUUCAGGCUCCAUUAAUGACUUGGUAAUUGUUUUCCUUAAAACAAGUGAGGCUGAACUAAAAAAAACAGACCCUAAUCCAGCAGUUUGGUUCAAAGAUUUGGACCGUUAUGUUAUUCGAUUCACAGAAAUCUUGUUAUUGACUCUGAAAGAAGAUGCACCCAACUCUGCUUCACCCGAACUUUUGGAAACCCUUCGUAAGUCGAUUUUACCACCAAAGUCUAAGCAACAGCAACAACAAGAUCAAAGAAACAAUUCAAGCAUAAACAAUUCUUCAACUGAUAUAUUGGAUAUUAUUGAGAAUUAUCCAAUGGUCAAGACUGUUCAAAACUUGUUUCAGAUCGAAAACUCUAUCCAUCGACAAAAAAUUCGUGAUCUUCACGUUAUUUGUACUGAAUCGAAUUUCUUUUUAGACUUAAAACAAUGUAUUAAUGCAGUCAAUACAAAUCAACCAUUCCCUGGUAGAAGAGAGGAUUUCUCCAACCAACAGGCUUACGAGAGUUGGUUAGCAAGAGAAAAGAAAUAUUUCCAAAGUUUAAUGACUAUCAUGGUUACAAACUCUACCUUGACUCUUUCCACCAAUAGCGAACAAGACGUUGGCUCCGGAAAUCUUCUAUCAGGCAAUAAUGGUAGAAGACCUAGUGAUUCUAAAAGGAACUCGGUUUAUGGAAAUUCUUCUUCCAGUGAUGAUAGUCCAUAUACAUUUAUUCCCAAUGAUCCUAGAUCAUACUUCCGUCUCUUGAUGAACAUGUGCAUGGAUCUUGAUACGAACAUUGCUCCCGAUACCGAAAGAGCAAAAUCAAGUAUUUUAUCACAAUCUUCGGAUGAUCUUUUACGUGAAUGUUGGAAAACAUGGCGUCUAUCAUCUCCCUUCAGAGCUGUACUCUACUUGGAGCUGAUUAAGAACCGUAUGGAUACAGAGGAACUUCAAGGAGAGGUUGACAUUUUGGAAGCAAGAGAUGCUAUGCGAGCCCUUGAUAAAUGUCUGAAGGAAAGCGACGUCCGUAAUUGGACUAUUAAUGAUCGCGAAAACUUAAUUCGUGUGUUUGAGGGACUAAAUGAAACAUGCCUUCAUGCUUUAGCCGAUACUUUAAGCCAAUAUUGGAGAGUAAAUCCCGAACUUGUCAAUGAACAAAUAGCUUUACUCGACAGUAUCUAUGAAAAUCCAGCCUAUCUUGAGGACCAUGCUGAUCCAUUACAACAAUUUAAUUUAUUGGAGGACACAAUUGCUGGAGCAGCUGUAUCAAGAUGGAGAGUGCUUGAGAGAUCAGUAUUAGAUCCCAAAAAUGACGACAUGACUAACCUUAUGAACAUGGCCGAUAAAUUGAUGAAGGAACUUGUGGGUGUUGCAAAGAAAUUUAAAAAGCCGCUUAAAAAUAGGUUGCAUUUGCCAGGCAUUGUAAUGGCUCGUCAGAUGCCUUUCUUUGUAUUGGAAAUGGAGAAUUGGGCUUUCCUUCCAGAAGCAAGAAAUGCUCCUAUCGAUUUAACUUUCCAAUUGUACGAUAAAGUUCUUACACUCAAGAGACUCUAUGAUCAAUAUGGACCAAGACAAAAAUCUGCGUUAUUCAAGGUUGAAUCAUGGUUUUUGUUGCAUGUCCGUCGUUGGUUAAAUACUACAAAUGAAGAGACUCCUGAGUGGGUAAAAAAUGCUAUUAAGCAAGAUGAGUUCAAAUCGAUUAAUGAUGCAACAUUGCACUCUUCGUCUGUCGUCGAUCUUUUCACCAUGUUCCAUCAGGCGGUUGAGUUUGUACAGAGAUUGGAAUGGCCUAAUAGCAUCCAAGAAUGUCGCUUCAAUACAGCCUUAUCCAAAGUCAUUGGGGUUGCUCUUGAACAAUAUACCACCGUAUUAGAAGACAUGAUUCAUGCUGAUGUCUUUCCUCAUAGUCAUAGAGCUGCGAAUACACAUGCCAAUGGAAAUGUCAUUGACAGAGCUCGUACUCAGUUCUUUGGUAACAGAGGCACUUCUACAAAAGCAAUAGAUGAUAACUAUGAUUUUUUGGCCGAGACAUGUGUCAAAAUUAACAACAUUGAGGCUGCUCGUACAAAAUUAGACCGUUUGUACCAGAAUAUGGAUGUGGAUGAUAUUGCUCAAGAGAUGAGAGAAUACGAAUCUAAACUACCUGCGUCCGCAAAGGAGUCUGCUGACCAAAAUACCAAAUACCUGUACUCUGUCAAGAUUGUCAGAGCUGAAAAUCUUUUGCCAGCUGAUAACAAUGGUCUUAGUGAUCCAUAUGUUGUCUUGGAGAUCGAUUCCAAGCAUAUUGCAAGAACAAGAACCGUUUACGAAACUUUGAAUCCUAGAUGGGAUCAAGUCUUUGAUUUAUGGCUUACCAAUGAGACCAUUGACGUUUUAGCUAUUGUGUUUGAUGAAGAUGUGAUUGGAGCUGACGAGGAAUUAGGUGGACACUGGUUUAAAUUGGGUCCCUCUUAUUAUGAUGAUUUCCAAACACAUGAACUUGUUUUGAAUUUUAAACCACAAGGUCGACUUGUUUUACGUAUUAGCAUGGAAGGUGAAAAAGACGAUAUUCAAUUUUGGUUUGGUAAAGCGUUCCGUGUUUUGAAAAGAGCAGAAAAUGAUGCUGCCGGUCUCAUUGUUGACAAGAUGAGCAAUUACUUCCGUCAAAUCUUAAAUCGUAAAACAAUAGACAAGUUACUUGGUCGUGAUCGCAGCUUCUUUUCGUCAUUUUCUCGCACAAACAGAAAUGUCAAUCCUGAUUAUCAAGAGUGUGAAGAUUCCAUUGGUCCCUUAUUGGAUUAUUUGGAAAAAAACCUUAAAAUCUUGAACGAUAAUCUGUCAGAGACAAACAUGAACCAUAUAGUUCUGAAGAUUUGGAGAGAAAUUUUAAUCACAUUGGAAGGCGUCUUAUUGCCACCGCUCUCUGAACAAUUAUCUGAACUAAAGCCAUUGGACGACUAUGAGUUCCACGUUGUAUUCAAGUGGUUAGAACUUCUUAAGAUUUUGUUCAAUGGUGGUGAAGAUUCAGACGCAGUCUCACUGGACAAGCUGGAUAGUUCACAAUACUUUGCAUUAUUGGCUAUUAAUGCAGCCUACAACAUGGGUACAGAAGAAUUAAUCGAAGGAUAUAAUACCACAGUAAAGAAUCAACUUGAAUUAAAAUUACGUGGAGGUAGAAAGGCAGACAGAAGUAAGACUGUUUACCAUUCGAAAAACACAGUCAAGAAAAGAAAAUCCUCGGCUAGAAAAUCUGUUUCGAUCGAGUUACCUAAUAGUGAUACAAUCCUUCGUAUUCUUCGUAUGCGUACUGGUAAACAAGUGCGCGAUUUCCUCCAUUCCGAAUUCGAAAAGCGUAAUAAUCCUCCUGUCAAUAUCAAUAUUGAGGAAGAUGGUAAAGCAAAAGAUAUACCAUCUGUACCGACCAUUCCCACUAAUGAUAUAACUCCCACCAUAGAGCAUGCUACUAUUCCUUUGAGAUAAUUAAUAAUUCUUUUCUCUUUUAUCCUCUAUGUAACAAUAAAAAGCUGAUAUAUUUUUGUAA